CUCACUGACGUGCUGACCAAUCGCCAUAUUUGAUGUUGAAAAACUGCCAUAUAAUUUAUACAUUUGUGACACUCGUACUGAUGUUGACAUAAAAAAAAUUGAGAGUGAUGACAACGAACGUUUUGAAAAUAACAAAUGAAAGCUCGUUCUUGCACGUACCGAGUGGUCGGUGCCUAUUUUGCUGACAUGAAUGCACAACUCCAUUUUCCAUCCGGCAAAGAGAAAGCCUUUCCAGGCAAGCACACAUAUAAAAACCAGCACUUGAAUAAUUCCAUCAAGAGAAAUGAAAGCUUAAUUAUUAGCUAUACAUAUCUUUCUGAAAAAAAAAGCUUGAUUAGCUAUCGAUCGAUGGAGGAGGCGGCGCCGGCGGCGAAGCGGCUGGCCCGCGCGGGGUCCUUCUCGGGCGUCUGGUGGAAGCUCGGCGACGCUGCCGGCGACCCGGCCGCGGUAGAGCGGCGGCUGCGCGCCAUCGGAGACGAGGAGGCCGGCGUCAGGGCGGCCAUCCACAGCCGCCAAGCCGCCGCCCGCCUCGUCCGCCGCCGGAUCGCCUUCGCCUCCCUCAGCCUCGAGUUUGUGGCAUUCAUCCACGCGUACUGGGCGGCGCGAAGACGGCGCAUGGCGGCCGGCCGGCAUAGCAAGAAGAAGCUGCUUCUGCUUCCUCUGCUCGCUGUCCCUGCCGUAGCCACCGUCGCCUUGGCAGCAUUUGCAAGGUUCCAGAAAAUGUUUGAUGCGAGGGACGAGCAGAAGCUGAAGACGCUACUAGCAGAGAGGAAGGCCAGGAUCGGGCAGUUCAGGGGCAGCCACCACAACAUGCAGAUGCUCAUCCAGAAGUAUGAUCCAGAUGCUGAUGGUGCUAUUAGUUCUUCUGCUGCUGAGCCGAUUGCAGCAGCAGCAGCAAAGCUCAAGAGGACUCAAUCGCGACUGAGCUUCCACAUCGGCGAUGAAUGAUGUAAAAUCUAGCUUGUCGCAUACGUACGAUCGAUCUUAUCCGCCAUUAAUUGACGAUCGACAUGUAUAUGCAGCAAUGGGAUAUUGAUUUGUUUUAAUUUCCCCUUCUGUUCUUGUAAUGUAAUACAAGUGCAUUAUACUCCAUGAUUGCCUUUGCAGCUGCAUGGUGUUGCAAAUUUUAUACGAAAUGCAGUGCCGUUAAUCAAUGUAACAGUGGCCUAGCUAUUGAUUCAAUUCAGAUUGUGAAUUUUCGAUGCUCCA